GUUAUCUGCUCCGCCGAAAAUUGGUUGUCGUGCCCGUCCCUAUAAUAGUCUCCUUUGAUCGCUGUGGUCGAAUUUUGCUUCUGUCCUGUACUUGUGGGAAUAUCAUAUUUCUCCGGCGGUCUCCGCGGCUGAACCUCUCAUUUAAUCGAUGGCUGGAAAAUUAGGGCUUAAUCCACAUCUCGUCGUGUCGCACAAGUUUCCUGAGACGACGAGUAGUUACACUGAAAGGGAUGCUGCGUUGUACGCUCUAGGGAUUGGAGCCUGUUCAAACGAUGCUGUGGAUGAUAAGGAGCUGAAAUAUGUUUACCAUCGAGAUGGACAGCAAUCCAUUAAGGUCUUGCCUACAUUUGCUACUUUGUUAUGUUCGGGGCUUAUGUCAAUGAUAGCAGAAACACCUGGUUUAGAAUUCGAUCCGCGUCUUUUACUACAUGGGCAACAAUACAUAGAGAUAUACAAACCCCUUCCUUCUAGCGGUCGGGUAAUAAACAACAUAUCUGUUGCCGGGCUCCAUGAUAAAGGUAAGGCAGCUGUUCUUGAGAUUGAAUUUCUAAGUUCCGAGGAACAUUCUGGUGCAUUGUUGUGCAUGAACCGUACGUCUAUCUAUUUGAGGGGUGCUGGUGGCUUUUCAAAACCAUCAGAGCCUUACUCCUAUGCCAAAUAUCCUUCUGAUCAGCAGCCGGCUUAUAAAGUUCCCAAAAGCCAACCAUAUGCUGUAUACGAAGAAUGUACACAACCAUCACAGGCGCUACUUUACAGGCUUUCUGGUGAUUACAAUCCUUUGCACGCAGAUCCUAUGAUUGCAGAAGUUGCAGGAUUUUCCCGACCUAUAUUACAUGGACUUUGCACCCUUGGCUUUGCAGUAAGAGCCAUAAUAAAAAGGAUUUGUCGAGGAGAUGAAGAAAUGAUAAAGAACAUAUCUGGGAAAUUUCUAUUGCAUGUUUAUCCUGGUGAAACCUUGAUAACAGAAAUGUGGCUUGAAGGUUUGAGAGUCAUCUAUCACGUGAAGGUAAAAGAACGGAAUAAGGCUGUUCUUUCCGGUGUGGUCACCCUCAAUCGCAUCAGCUCAUCUCUCUAAAAUCUAUUACAGCUCGGAAUAUAUGGUAUUGUGUCCUAGCAUCAAAUGGGACAGCCGUCGAUGGUUCUACUUCUAUACAUACAAAUCUUGUUUCCGUAACAAUCUAUAUCAGCUCGGUAAAUCACAUUUCUUGUGCAUUUAGCUAGGAGCAUCUUCAGAGGCUUAUCUGAAUUCAGUUGUGUAAAAGUGACUUAAUUGAUGAAAAUAAAUGUGUUUAUUCUGAAA